GAUUUUGAGCCUGUUCUGCCCUCGAAUUUUGUGAAGUAGCAAGAGGACACCAUCUUCUACUACUUUAUAAGAAAGAAGUGUCCCUGUCACAUACAGGAAAAAAAAUGCUCUUUUGGGUAUUAGCCCUCUUAAUCCUCUGCAGUUUCCUGUGGAAUUAUAAAGGACAACUAAAGGUUGCAAACAUCACGGAUAAAUACGUUUUCAUCACUGGAUGUGAUACUGGCUUUGGAAACUUGGCAGCCAGAACUUUUGAUAAAAAAGGAUUUCACGUAAUUGCUGCCUGCCUGACUGAAUCAGGAUCAACAGCUUUAAAGGCAGAAACCUCGGACAGACUUCACACGGUGCUUCUGGAUGUAACUGACCCAGAGAAUGUCAAGAGGGCUGCCCAGUGGGUGAAGAACCAAGUUGGGGAGAGAGGCCUCUGGGGUCUGAUCAACAACGCUGGUGUUCUUGGUGUGCUGGCUCCCACCGACUGGCUGACAGUGGAGGACUACAGAGAACCUAUUGAAGUGAACCUGUUUGGACUCAUCAACGUGACAUUAAACAUGCUCCCCUUGGUCAAAAAAGCUCGAGGGAGGGUAAUCAAUGUCUCCAGCAUUGGGGGGCGGCUUGCAUUCGGCGGAGGGGGCUAUGCUCCAUCCAAAUAUGCAGUGGAAGGCUUCAAUGACAGCUUAAGACGGGACAUGAAAGCUUUUGGUGUGCAUGUCUCAUGCAUCGAACCAGGAUUGUUCAAAACAGAAUUGUCAGAUCCAGUAAGGACAACUGAAAAAAAACUUGCCAUUUGGAAGCAUCUGCCUUCGGACAUCAAACAACAAUACGGAGAAGGUUACAUUGAAAAAAGUCUAGACAAACUGAAAGGCACUACCUCCUUUGUGAACGCGGACCUCUCUCUGGUGGUGGAGUGCAUGGACCAUGCUCUAACUAGUGUCUUCCCCAAGACUCGUUAUACUGCUGGAAAAGAUGCCAAGACUUUCUGGAUACCUGUGUCUCACAUGCCAGCAGUUCUGCAAGACUUUUUAUUGUUGAAACAGAAAGUAGAGCUGGCUAAUCCCAAAGCAGUGUGAUUCAGCUGACCACAAGUGCCUGCUCCAGGGUAUGAGAUUAGCCGAUUUCAAGGACACAUCCUUUUUCAAUCCCAUUCUUUACCUAAUUCAACUCAGACUCAUUUUGAUCAUUCUUCUUUUGAUAAAAGAAGGGGUCCCGCCACCACUGGUGAUGUCCCAGGGUUCCUUCUCAAGCCUUCUUUGAAAAGAAGGGCAGGGAUGGCAGAUCACAUGGGUAAAUCCUGCCCAAUAUUUAGGUUUUGCCUGCUUGGUUUGAUAUAAGGAAAAUCGAAAGACUUCCCCAUUCAAAAUGAUUUCCCCCUCUACCUGCCCCAGCAUUUAGAGUAACUCCUGGAUGUUAAAUAUUGUCUGUUAUCAAAAUAUUAACAGAUAAG